AUGUCGACGUCACUCGAGGGUUGGGCGCGGCUCGUGUACAGGUACCGGACACGUCCGACGCAGCUUGACCAAGUACACGCGCUCCUCGUCACCACCGGCUUCUUCUUCCUUCCCUGGACCCUCUGUCAUUCGUCGCCGUCGCCGGAGGAGGAAGACAGAGGGGGGUCUGUGUUCGUGUACAACAUAUUGAUCGCAGGGUCGCUUCUCAGGGAGCGACGGCCCGACGGUGGCCCCACCGCCCUCCGCCUGUUCAUCCAGAUGCUCGCCCAGCAGACCCGCCCCAACGGCUACACCUUCCCUCCCCUCGUCAAGUCGAUCACCUCGUCACCAAGAGUUUCCACCGGCAGAGCCGUCCACGCCCAGCUCGUCCGCCGCGGCCUCGUUGCUGACAACUUUGUCAACAGCGGCAUGGUGAAGUUCUACGCGCAGUCGGGCGAAGUCACCGCCGCCCGGAAGGUGUUCGACGAGAACCCCCGCCCCGACGUCGCCUCCUGCAACGCCAUGCUGGACUCGCUCUGCAAGAACAGAGACGUCGGCUCCGCCAAGAUGAUCUUUGACGGCGUGCGCUUCCGGGACGUGGUCUCCUGGACGACGCUGAUCAACGGGUUCCUGGUGAACGGACUCCCAGAGGAGGCAAUCCGGUUGUUCAGGGAUAUGGCGACGGGCCGCGGCGGAGUGGCGCCACCGCCGAGACCCAACGAGGCCACGCUGGUCUGCGCGCUCUCGGCGUGCGCCAGCUCUCUGCGGCUUCCCCUCCUGGCGGGGAAGCAGCUCCACGGCUACAUCCUACGGCGCGGAGUCCGGCUGACCGCCUUCCUCGGCACGGCUCUCGUGGACAUGUACGGGAAGCGCGGGAGGGCCCGCUGCGCCGCCAACGUGUUCGAGGCGAUGGCGGAGAGGGAGGUCUGCACCUGGAACGCGAUGAUCUCGGCGCUGGCCUGCAACGGGGAGGAGGCCCGAGCGCUGGGGGUCUUCGGGGCAAUGGCGGCGCACGGCGUGCGGCCCAACGGGGUCACCUUCGUCGCCGCGCUGACGGCCUGCGCCCGCGCGCGCCUGGUCGACGCGGGCAUGGCGCUGUUCGCGUCGAUGCCGCGCGACCACGGGAUCGCGCCGGCGAUGGAGCACUGCGGCUGCGUGGUGGACCUUCUGGGGCGGGCGGCGCUGCUGGACGAGGCGGCGGAGUUCAUAGAGGGGAUGCCCUUCGCGGCGGACGCCUCCGUGUGGGGGGCGCUGCUGGGGGCCUGCCGCCUGCACGGGAACACCGCGCUGGCGGCGGUGGCGGGGGCGCGGCUACUCGCGCUGCAGCCGAGGCACGCCGGGAGGUACGCGGUCCUGUGGAACACCUACGCCGGCGUGGGGAUGUGGGGCUCCGCCGCCCGGCUGAAGGAGAGCAUGGAGAGGGCCGGGGUGACGAAGACGGCCGGGUGUAGCUGGCUGGAAACCACCCCCGCAGCAGCAGCAGCAGCACAGAGUUAG